UAUUAGUAAUAUAUUAAGAAGAAAAAUAAGAAAAAGAGGGCGUCUGCAUCUUUGAAAUUGAAAUUGAAGCAUCAGCAUCACAUUUACAUUGAGUUGUAGCUCCAAAUCAAAAUAUCUCCCUCCCCCGGCCUCCAUCGCCGCUCCCUUCCUUCCAUCUGUGAGUCAAGAUUCAAUCAAUUUCUAUCUUGAAAAGGGGAUGGAUUUGGAGCAGUGGAUAGCUAAGGUGAAAGAGGGCCAGCACUUGUCGGAAGACGAGCUUCAGCUUCUAUGCGAAUACGUGAAGGAAAUUUUGAUUGAGGAGUCAAAUGUUCAGCCUGUCAACAGUCCGGUCACAGUUUGUGGUGAUAUCCACGGACAGUUUCACGAUCUAAUGAAGCUUUUCCAGACUGGUGGUCAUGUACCAGAAACAAAUUACAUAUUUAUGGGGGACUUUGUUGAUCGAGGUUACAAUAGUCUUGAAGUUUUCACCAUCCUUUUGCUUCUCAAAGCAAGAUACCCUGCUAACAUUACUCUGCUACGUGGAAACCAUGAAAGCAGGCAGCUAACGCAGGUUUAUGGAUUCUAUGAUGAAUGUCAACGGAAGUAUGGGAACGCUAAUGCUUGGCGUUAUUGCACUGAUGUUUUUGACUAUCUUACCCUAUCAGCAAUUAUUGAUGGCACGGUACUUUGUGUACAUGGUGGCCUAUCUCCAGAUAUUAGAACUAUUGACCAGAUUCGAGUUAUAGAACGUAACUGUGAGAUCCCACAUGAAGGGCCCUUCUGUGACUUAAUGUGGAGUGAUCCUGAAGAUAUUGAGACAUGGGCAGUGAGUCCUCGAGGAGCAGGCUGGCUUUUUGGAUCAAGGGUUACAUCUGAGUUCAAUCAUAUCAACAAACUUGACCUAGUUUGCCGUGCCCACCAACUUGUUCAAGAAGGUCUAAAGUAUAUGUUUCAAGAUAAAGGACUUGUGACAGUGUGGUCUGCACCAAAUUAUUGUUACCGCUGUGGAAAUGUAGCAUCGAUACUGAGCUUCAAUGAGAAUAUGGAGAGAGAGGUGAAGUUCUUUACAGAAACGGAGGAGAACAACCAGAUGCGAGGACCAAGAAGUGGAGUACCUUAUUUUCUUUAACUUGGAUUUGGUAUUAAUUCUUUUUUGUUGGAUAAGUGAAAUGUAGUUUGGAUGAAGAUAUAUAAGCGGUGUUAGAAGGUGCAAACCUUAUAUACUUUUUUGGCAUGUAUUCCAUUUCCAGAUAGCUUAUGUUUCUUGCCCUUUUUUCUUUUUACCUUGAUUUUUUGUUAAAGACCUCAUUCAUAUCUUACAAUUGUUUUCCUUAAUAUCAUCCUUUGCAUCUGCAUAA